UACCGAGUCGUAACGCUAUACCGUUUUCUAAACUACAAAAUGCACGAUGCACGACGCAUACGUGGCAAAUCGGCAAUCGAACCAGGUCUAAUCUUUGUAUGCCUGGAACUUUAGUCGACGUGAAAGAAUUCGACUCUUUUCUGAAAUCUAUUAUCGCGUUUCAAAUUUCCUCGAGUGUCGAAUCGCGGCUAUCAAAAAUAUCAGAGUGUAUUCAUUGAGCGUUGGGAAUAAUAGUAAUAUUCCCCUUUGGAUUUCAAGAUAGAAAUAGCAUCGAUUACUUCUUGAAUCUUAAUCGUCCCUUCACCGAGACUCGUCGUUUCCUUUGAAGAAACUGCGGACGUCCAAUGUAUUCAAUGAUACGAAACACAAGAAAGACAAGUGUCGCGUUUUCCUCUUCUCCACGAGAAUCCUCAUUUCCAUCUUUCGACGGGGAAAAGAUUUUUCUCCGUUCGAUUACAUCAACUCUCGAUCGUCACCAUUCAGUUCUGCGAUCUUCAAGUUGCAACAACCUCCGAAUGACAUUCUUUACCGCGAGGAUCAUCGUGGGAGUAAUCUGAAUCUAAACGACGCGACGUCGCAACCAUUCUGGAAGAUGGACUUUGCUGUUCUGUGUGUUCUUUGUUACAUUGUGUGGAGGAAUUUCGCGGUGGCAGAGGAAACGAGCAACGAGACCAGGCCGUACGAAUUUUCGUUCAACAUCGUGGACUUUCAGCACAGAUACGAGAAAAAAGACGCUAACGGGAUCAUCACUGGAGAGUUUGGAUUCAUAACCGCGGAUGGAGUGUAUCACGAAACCGGAUACGCCACAGACAAAAAUGAUGAUUUUAUUAUCACCAGGAUGAAAAACAGAAAGAUAGCCAGUCUAAAGGAUGCUCUGGAGAUAUUCAAAGACCGACCAGAAGCUGCGAAGAAGCUCGUGGAAGCUGUGGCAAAGGCUUGUGGCAGUUGCACUAUUCCUAUAAAACAAGACAAAAUUAAUGACACCACGCCAGCUGCUCCAACUGACACACCGAUUGCUUUUAAGACAAAAUUCAGUCCUAAGCUGAGCGAAGUGACGAAACCUGGUGGAGCAAUUUCUCCAAGUAAAUCGGUUCAAGAAAGAAAUAAAAUACCCGAGACUCCCAACGAGUCGUCUAACGAAAGAAGAGGAAAAAGUUUGCCAGAUGGAAUCGUGAACACAGUGAACACAGCAGAGAAGUCUUCGAAUAAACCUGCAGCUGAUCCAAACACGAAACAAUCUAAAAUGAUCGAUUCUCUUCGUGGGAACGAUAUUUAUUAUCGAUUCAACUAUACCAUUACGUCCCACGAGCACCAAGAAGAUGGAUACAGGGAUGGGAAAAAGGAUGGUAGUUAUCGAGCAGAGAGUGAAAAUGGCGUCGACACGAGGGUCAAGUAUCUGUCGAACGAGUUUGGUCAUCAACCUAAUGUAUCGUUCGUUCCCAGCGGCAAUGGGACGGCGCGGGCGCAGACGGAGGACCUACGUCUCAAGGGAUACUCUUUUCUUUGGUAUUGGUCGUAAGAAAUCAUCUUUUGUACCAGAAACCUUGGUAUAAUAUAAACACAUAAACUUGAUUGAUUCGAC